CAUGCAUCCGGUGGGUGGGGAGACACCCCCUAGCUGUUCCUGCUCUUUAAAUUCUGGAUCAGACCAACAUUCUGCCUCAAAAAGCAGCCGCAAGACAUCGACAUGACAACUUACACAGACAAAGGUGAAAAGCACGAGCAGGGCAGGUUCAUCUGCUUUGACCACAUCACGUUCUGGGUGGGGAAUGCCAAACAGGCAGCUUCUUAUUACUGUAAUAAACUGGGUUUUGAGCCGCUGGCGUACCGCGGACUGGAGACGGGCAGCCGUGAUGUGGUGUCCCAUGUGGUCAAGCAGGGAAAGAUUAUUUAUGUCUUCUCCUCUGCCCUGAAUCCUGGCAACAAAGAGAUGGGGGAACACCUGGUGAAACAUGGAGAUGGUGUCAAAGAUGUUGCCUUCACUGUACAGGACUGUGAUUUCCUCGUGCAGAAAGCCCGGGAACAAGGUGCUGUCAUCGUCAAGGAACCUCAUGUCCUGGAAGAUAAGUUUGGCAAGGUGAAACUGGCAGUGCUGCAGACAUAUGGGGACACUACCCACACGCUGGUGGAGAGGGAGGGUUAUACUGGACUUUUUCUACCUGGGUUCCACACUCCUCUGUUUCGUGAUCCUCUUUUGGAUCAGCUGCCGAGUGGCAAGCUGGAGUUCAUCGACCAUGUGGUGGGAAACCAGCCCGAUGAUGAGAUGGUGCCAGUGGUGGAAUGGUACCGGAGGAACCUGCUGUUCCACAGGUUCUGGUCUGUAGAUGAUAAGCAGCUGCAGACUGAAUUCAGCGCUUUGCGCUCCAUAGUGGUGGCCAACUAUGAGGAGACAGUGAAGAUGCCCAUUAAUGAGCCAGCCAUAGGAAAACGCAAGUCCCAGAUCCAGGAGUAUGUGGAGUACUAUGGCAGUGCAGGGGUCCAGCACAUUGCCAUGAACACCAGCAACAUUAUAGAAGCUAUCCGAAAUCUGAAGGAGCGUGGCAUGGAGUUCAUGAGUGUACCUGAAACCUACUACCAGCAGCUCCGGGAGAAACUGAAGCAUUCAAAGGUCAAAAUCUCUGAGGACAUGAAUAUCCUGGAGGAGCUGAAGAUUUUGGUGGAUUAUGAUGACAACGGCUACCUUCUCCAAAUCUUCACCAAACCUGUCCAGGACAGGCCCACCGUGUUCCUGGAAGUUAUUCAGAGACACAACCACCAGGGAUUUGGUGCAGGAAAUUUCAAGUCCUUGUUUGAGGCGAUUGAGGUGGAUCAGGACGCCAGAGGGAACCUUACUGUCCUGACUCCUAAUGGAACCACUGAGGAAAUCUGAAUCACACUGCAUUUAGACAGAAGAAGGGAAAAGCAAGCCAGUAUUUCAUUGUUUGCAGAUCUAACCAGUUGAGUUUUACAGAUGUUGCCCAGUUUAUUCCACAGUCUGCUUUGUGUCCGUGCUUCUGCUGUGUUCUCUGUACGGCGAAGGGCCUUAACGGUUUGCUCCGGCGCUCGUUCAUCAUGCAAGAAGUUGAGAGUUCGAGGCCCGCGUUUUCCAGUGCAUCUCAACGCUUAAUGGGUGGGAAGUUUGUUCCAGCUACAAAACCUCUGUAUUUAUGAUACAGCUUGGCUUUCAUAAGGAUUGCUGAAAACACGUACGACCCAUCUGAAAACCAGAAAACUGCAUCUGCAUUUGGGAGCUUCCAACCCAACUUGGUAGCUAAACUGCUUCUGAACACUUUCCUUAACCUUUUUAUAUUACCUUCAUUAACGAGCCAGGCGGUUUAAGCACGAUCGCUGUUCUCGUUUAAGAGGUUUGAAACAUAAGAGAUGCAGUUAAAGCUUCAAAUUAAAGUUUCGCUACUGUCCAAAACUUUAAAAAGUAGUGGAACUUAAAAUUUGGGGCUAAACUUCAGUUUACGUGCUUAAUCCGGCUGAAAGGAGCGCUCCACCAAUUUUUCAAAAUUUCAAAGUGAAACAGUGGUUUGGUGUGAAACCAGAGAAGCUUAAGCUAGUGGUGGUGAUAGGAAUCAAAUGAUUACAUUUCAUUACAUGAAAUGAUUAUGAAUACAUUGCGCAACUCCUGAGACAUUAUUUUAUGAUAGUUUUGAUAAAGUUUAGGCCUAAAAUGUUUUGUUAAUCCAUUUAUUUUCAUUCCUUUCCACUGUUUUCCCAUCGGCGUUACAUAUAAACACCGAGAAGACACGUGUGUUCACUGGUGGUUUUGGACAGUAAAGAAAGUUGAUGGUUCCCAUCACCACUACUGUAAAGAAAUUGGAGUCUCUACAGUAAACCACUUCACAUCAGACCACUCUGGAUGUCUGUUUACAGCUUUAUUUUGGGAUUGCAACAGAAUUGUUCCCACUUUUAUUGAAUUUUUUUUAAUUCGGUGGAAUUUCCCUUUAAGGUCAAGGAAACAUGCCAAAUUUCGAGGUGUAACGUUAGCCUAACAUACAAUAAAAGGAAUAACUUCAUAAUUUCUGUUUAAAUGGAGUGAUAUUGAUAUGAGCACCCUUGUUCUGUGUGAUCAAUGAACCUUUACAAUUUAAUGAAAUUAAAGAGAAGAAGCGUUAA